AUCUCGCUCUCUCAUCCCUUCUCCGCACACUCCUCCUCUCUCACCCCCCACUCACCUCCCUCCGUCUCACUCCCCUCUUUCUCUCUCUCCCACUCAUUCACUCACUCUUCCCCUCACUCACUCAUCCACCAACAUCCAUCAUUGCCACCCCCGGCGCUUGUAAGAAGCAGCGGCAGCAAUCCUCGUAGCAGAAAUUUCAGUGGCGUCGGCGUUUGAAGCGCUGCGCUCUCUGCAUCAAACGGCAGCAGCAGCAGCAGCCGCCGCCGUGCGGGUAGCGUUGACUGUGGCGAUGCCGAGGCUGCUACGCUCCUGAGAUGUAAACAGCAGCCGCAGCAGCGUCAAUGACUCUCAUCCCCAUGUCGCGCUGCUCUUCUUGUUGAGAUCCUGACGACGAUGAUGAUGAUGCCGAUGCUGUUGUUGAUGUAGCAGCAGCAGCGGUAGUAGUCGCAGCCGUGGGUUCUUUACUGCCUUCCUUCGUCGAAGAGGAAUGAACAACUCCACGAGACCGCUCCACACGCCACAAAAACAACAUUCCUGCUCCUGCUGCUGUAGCUGCUCCUGCUGCUGCAGCUGUAGCAGCAGCAGCACCGGGCUGAUCCCCUCGCGAGGACGGGCCUAGGAGGAGCGGACGGGCGGGAUGGCCAGCGUGAAGCUCGGCCACGGCUUGCAGCGGAACACCGUCUCGGACGACGACUCUGGCUGCGUUCUGGAGGAAUACUCCUGGGUGCCGCCCGGCCUGAAGCCUCAGCAGGUACACCAGUACUUCUGCUGCCUGCCAGAGGAGAAGGUUCCAUACAUCAACAGUGUUGGGGAGAAAUACCGCAUCCGCCAGCUUCUCUACCAGCUCCCUCCACACGACAAUGAGGUGCGGUACUGCAGCUCGCUGGAUGAGGAGGAGAGGAAGGAGCUGCAGCUGUUCAGCUUGCAGCGCAAGCGCGAGGCGCUGGGACGGGGCACCGUGCGCAUCGUUCCACACUCGCUCAGCGGUGCCACCUGCCAGCAGUGUGGUGGAGCGGUGUGCGCGGGGGAGAUGGCGGCGUGCGCGUCGCGCGUGGGGCCCCACGCCUGCUGGCACCCGGCGUGCUUCGUAUGCGCCACCUGUGCCGAGCUGCUCGUCGACCUCGUCUACUUCUUCCAUGAGGGCCGCGUCUACUGCGGCCGCCACCAUGCCGAGAAGAUGAAGCCCCGCUGCGCCGCCUGUGACGAGAUAAUAUUUGCGGACGAGUGCACGGAGGCGGAGGGCGGCCACUGGCACACGCAGCACUUCCGCUGCUGCGAGUGCGACGUGGCCCUGGGCGGCCGUCGCUACGUCAUGAAGGAGGGGAGGCCCUUUUGCUGCAGCUGCUUCCAGAUGCUGCACACCGACCACUGCGCCAAGUGCGGACAGCUGAUCGGAAUUGACCAGGGCCAGAUGACAUAUAGGGGGCAGCACUGGCACGCGUCCGAGACCUGCUUCAGCUGCGACUGCUGUCUCAAGCCCCUACUGGGCUUCCCCUUCCUGCCACACGGCGGCAGCAUUUACUGCUCCAAGGAGUGUAGCCAGGCGGCCGCGGGCGACGCCGGCAGGGACCCCGACGCGUCCGACUCGUCCGACUCUGCUUUCCAGAGUGCGCGAUCGCGGGAGUCCCACCGCGGCUCGGCCAAGUGGACCAGCUCGGACGAGUACCAGCUGAGGCGCGCCCCCCGCAGCACGUUCUCCCUGCUGACGCGCGGCUCCAGGUCGCCCGACGGCUCGUACGACGUCGAUCCCCUGUCGCGGCAGAUGGACGCGCUCAGUCUGACGGGCCGGCCGCUCGGCGUCUGCGCGGAUAACGUGUGGCGGAGCGACGAUGACCUCCUGCCCUUCAAAAGCGAGGGCCUGGAGCGGGAGGUGGCCGCCGCCGCCGACGACCUGAACAAGAACGUCGUGUUCGGAGCACUCAGCGGCUCCUCCUACAUGCGCCCGGUGCUCGACAGGAAGCGGCAGAGGCAGCCGGACGGGGGAGAGCGCGGCUCGGUGGAUUCGGCCCACGGCAGGGCCUUUAGUUUCUGCAAGGGUUCCGAGGGUCGUCUCUCGUCGGCGGUGGCGGCGGCGGCGGGGAGGAGCGACGACGGGCGCCAACGCGAGCGACGGGGGGUUGACCGGGGCCACGCAUCGGACAGGCGCUCGAACCGCAGCCCUUCAUUCGACAAGCGGGAUUCCUUCCGCCGGCUCUUGGAGAGGCAGUGCCGCCAAGGGGACGCCGUCGGCUCGGCGGGCUUCGCGGGAUCAUUCGACGCGCCCCUCCGGCACCCGCGCGACUCCAUGGAGUCGCUGCCGCUCUCUACCGUGACCGGUGCGCCCGCAGGACAGGAUGGCCGUCGGCACGAGAGGCUCUCCAAGUUUUCCAUGCCGGAUCUGAGCAAGGACUCGGGAAUGAACGGCUCGGAGAGGGCGAGCAACGUGGGCACGCUCAGCUCGUCCACGCGCUGCCGCAGCUCCGACUCGCUGCACAGCACCGCCUGCACGCCGCCGCCCUACGGCCUCUUCGACUUGCAGGCCCCGGCGCCGGUGCCGCUGCAGCUGCAGCUCGCGCGGCCACGGCGGGCGCUGGGCGCGCGCUGCCGCAGCUCCGAGUCGCUCCGCGGCGCCCGCCCCGCGCAGCGCCACGACCCUCCCGCGCCAGGAGCACCGGCGCGCCGCCCGCAGGCGGAAGGCGCGGGCGCUCCCCGCUACGCGCCAGGCGACGGAGCCGUCCUCGGCGUCGACCCCUUCCAAGCGCCCAUGAGCGAGCAGAUGAGGAGGCGCGACGUGGGUGCCUUCGAGGGCUGGAACGGAAAACGCCACCACCACCACCGUCGGCACCGCCACCACCGCCACCGCGACGACGACGGCGGCGGCGACGACAGCCAGCAGCAGCACCGCUCGCGGCGGUCCCGCAUGUCGCGCUCGGAGAACGCCCUCAACCUUGGCGGGGAACCGCGGGGGGGCGUGCGCGCGACUGGCCGCGACGCGCUGCUCGCCGCGCUGCGGCGCAGCGGCGGAGGCGGCAGCCGCAAGGCCGGCGGGGCGCAGCAGCUGGCCCUGCAGCUGCAGGAGCACUCGGAGCUGCUGCUGCUGCAGCAGCGCACCCGCCCGCCCGCGUACGGCGCGUGCGGGAGGACGUUCUCGGAGUUCGCGUUGCAAGACCCCCAGGCCGCCCAGCGCUUCCAGAGCUUCAAGUACAACAGCGACUACGGCCACGACGACGGCAGGGUGCCGGACGGCGACUGGUGCUCCACCUGCUCCUCGUCGUCGUCGGAGAGCGACGAGGAGGGGUACUUCAUGGGGCAGCCGAUCCCGCAGUCCACGAGUCCUUCUCACCAGUACCCACUGGGAACCCCGCAGUUCCUGCACAGGCCCUACUUGCCCAACACGCCCAACCACCGCAGGCUUCAGCGCAGGAAGAAAGGGAAGAAUUGCAUCAUCUCGUGAUGUUUCGAGCUUUACCGGACCGCGACAGGUUCCACGCGUUUUCAACUUCAGGCGCACGUUACGGAUUUAGCCGAUGGUGCACCGCAUUCAACACACGUGUAAUAUUUCACCAUGGCUAUAGUCAAUUUGUGAAACUGCAGUAUUUACUUCUGUUUUCCCCUCGACUAAAGGGUUCCUUUUUGUUUUGUUAUUCAUGCAUUUGAACUGCAUAGCAGGUUUUUUAUUGACAUUGUAAGAAUGCGUUUUAUCGCCCUCCUGCAUGCCGUUUUUGAAUCAAGAUAUUUAAGAGGUCAAAGGUUUUACUGGCUCAUGAAAACACGUGAGGUCAUUGGGCUAUUAUAAGUAAAAGUUUUGCUACGGUAUCUGAGGGAGGACCCCAGGCAAUGCGUAGACCUUCAUUCUUCAAUUCCCUUUCCAUGUUUUGAAUUUAAUUGCCGUUUAAUUAUUGCUCCCAAUGAAACAACAGCCCCUAUAAAGUUAUUUGUAAGCAUAUACAACAACAUUUUGUGUAAAGUAUUAACUCGAUUAAUCCACGUGAAUGUCAACCGUGCAUCACAAUGAGCUUAAUGCAAAAUUAUUGCUGUUGAAAUUAUAUAUUUCUUCACAUUAUGACGAUCAUUAUUAUUAUUUUAAACAAAUAUAUACACUUUUCUAUCCUAUUGCAUUAUGGGGCUGAAACCGAUGAAACAUAUAGUGCCACAUAUUUAUUUAAUAUCGUGGAAUGCUUUAAUCGUAACAUCGUCACAGUAUUUUAAGUCGUGAUAUACCAGUCGUGUAACCUCCUUCGAAGGAUAGUGCGGUAUAUAUACACACACGCAGUAAUUACCACUAUUUGUAUACAAUAUUUCAAUUCUUGGUGUGCAUACAGUAAUUUGUGCGUGACAUUCAACGUAACCAGGUGAUGAUCUUCUUCCAAGCGUUUGUGUUUCGAUGGUAUUGCAGAUAGACUGCAGAUUUAUUUUUAAAUAUAAGGAUUUAAACGACCUUUCACUUUAAAUAUAUAAUAAAACAACAACAACAAAAACCCCGGUGUAUUUCAUUAUAAUAAAUAAUAUAUUGCUUCCAACGGUACAAGAGCAUUGUCUAUUUUCCGAAGGCCCGCUGAGGAUCCGGUCAGCACGUGCGCGCGUGUCGCUGUAAUCCUGCAAGCUUUGCCAAGCCGCUAACGAAAUUAUAUUUUAAAUACAGUAGACUCGAUUAUGAUCGAUAAUUAUCUGCAGAGAUUAUGACGCACAUUAUUCACUUGUGGAUUUUUCCGUUAAGGCCAAAUUAAUAAUUUAAAAACAGUUGUAUAUUGUUAUUCUUGGAAAUUGUAUUACAAGUCACAUGCUUAAACCGAACAAAUAUGUUGCUCCGGUUAAUCCGAAAUCCAUGUCAUCGCCUUUGCAGUACAUAGUUGAAAUAUCUCUACAGCAGUGGGUGGAGUUGA